GCCCCGCGGCCUCGGCACGCCGGCAUGGAGGGGAGCGGCGGCGGGGCGGAUCCGGGCCCGGGCCCGGCCACGGCCCCGGCCCCGGCCCCGGGCGGGGAGGGCGAGGGCUGCGAGGGACUGUGGGAGCUGCCGGUGGAGCGCUGCGAGAGGCGGCCCGUGUGCGGGCGCUGCAGCCGUCCUCAGAAGGUGUGUUUGUGUCCUUUCCUGCCUGUACAUCCACUAAAGGUCUCCACCUGCUUGUAUAUAAUUCAGCAUCCAGCAGAGGAAAGUCGAGUGUUAAGGACGGUACCUUUGCUAGCAGCUUGUCUCCCUCCAGACAAAUGCAAAAUUUUGGUUGGUCGACGUUUUAAUGAAGACAGAUAUCCUGAAUUAGCAUCUGUGUGCAGAAAUCCCAAUACUCUAAUUUUGUAUCCUGGAGCUGAAGCAACCAAUUUGGAAGAAGUUACAGUGAUGUCUUCUAGUCCAUCUGUUAUGAUUAUCAUCGAUGGAACAUGGAGUCAGGCUAAAGAUAUAUUUUACAAAAAUUCUCUCUUCCGCCUUCCCAAGCAGGUGCAGUUAAAACCCAGUAUUUCAAGUCAAUAUGUAAUUCGUACACAACCAACAAACACCUGUCUGUCUACUCUUGAAUGUGCAGCUGUUGCCCUUUCCAUCAUGGAAAAAAAUAAGAGUAUACAAGAGACUAUACUCCAUCCGCUUCAAGCUUUAUGCUCUUUCCAACUUCAGCAUGGUGCCCAGAUCCAUCACAGCAAGGAACAUCUUCUCAAAAAUGGCUUAUAUGACAAGCCCAUGCCAAAGAAUAAACGCAAACUCAGAAGAAUGGAGCUUCUGGUGAAUAAUGUUAAAAUAUAAGAAAACUGUACUGACUGUAUGGUGGGAUUUAUUUGCAGCUAGCAAAUGAAUAUGAAUCUGGAUUUGAUCCAAACAGUUGACUGUACUCUAAUAAAACAACUUUUAGGCCCUUCUUAGGCAAGAUUUUGUCUACCAGUGUGACAAACAGUUAUGGACUAGCUUUUUCCUUUAUGCAGUAAGCCAGGUGCCUUUGUUCAGAUGAUGGAGGAGCAUUCUCAUUUCCUGUAGAGAAGAGGAAGAAAACCAAACAUAAUUUAGACUUAUGUUAUCGCUUGGUGUCAGAUAUGAUCCUCAGUAUGACUGGAUGAAUUUAUUUUGGAGAGGCUUUUACCAGUACAAAAAGACAAGAAAUAUGAAUAUGGAUGUGAUGGAAUGGUAAAGCUUCAAUGGUUAGAAUUAUUUUGAAUUACAACUGAUCUUUUUAGCUUCAGUAUCUGACUACAGUAGACUUUCAAACCAUAAUUUCUGAUAUUCUUUAGUUCAGAUGAACAUAAGACAUGUUAUUUGGACAGUUCUUUCUAACUUCGAGAUUAUUUCUUCUAUAAUUAGAACUCCUUUUUGUAAAUUUACAUAAGUUUUACAAUGCAGUCAUGUUUAGUUUCUCUCAGACUUAAUUUGUAAAUUAAGUCUGCAUAAGUUUCUACAAGAAACUAAACAAUUCUGACUUACAAAAAGAAAAGUAGAAAUAGUGAUUUGUGGAAUUAAAACUCAGGUGCAUUGCUUUUACUUGAGCAAAAAUUAGUCUUCCGCAGAUGGGGAGAUGUUGUGGAUAUAAAUACAUCAUACUUAUACUCUGACAUACAAUGAUUAUGCUAGUAAAGGAAUUAAACAAGCCCAGUUUAAACUGCUCUGUAAGAAGUAUGAUGCAAUAACAAAUGAUUAUGUUUGGUUACAAACAACUAACAUGAUUAUAGAUCCUCUAGGCUUCAUGUGUUUAGUUUUUUACUUCUAGCAGUGAUAUAAAUGUACUUCUUUCUAAUGGGAAUUGCAAGAAGCAGAAGAAUUGGGUAUUUUUAGAGACUUUCUGAAAUAAUAUUUUAUGAUAUGGAGGGAAAAGUAAAGUGAAGUAAAGGUUCUGAUAGUCCUUAUUUCUACUUUAAUACCUCCUGCAUUUAAGAGAUUAAAAUGCUUAAUGUUUGCCUUUACUGUUAGUUCCCCUCUAGGUAACAACAUGAAGCUAAUUGGGUACUAAUUAGUCUUAGAAAAGAUAUUUUGUCUUUAAUUAAUGAUCUGUAAGACAAGAAACUACAGAAGUGCAGUGGGGGUGGGGUGAGGGGAUGUGUAAACACAACUAACCGAUAUUUUACUGAAAGCUUUUCUACAAUUAAUAAGAGAGGUCAAAAUUAGGUCAGAGAUUAGCUAAGAAGUUUUAGUUGACCCUGAGCUAAUAGUGACCUUUUGUUUAGGCAUGGAUAAACAAUAUAAUUUGUCUGGCUAUGCGAGCAAAGCUUAUAUAACCUUUUCCUCGUCUCUCAGUCCAGAUAAAUCCCAUAUCUGUCACUAAAUUUAGCAAAGCUGAAUUAGUUUUGACAAAUCUGAAGCAAACCAGUCUCAUAUGAUUAAUGAUAGCAUAGAUGCACUUUUGUUCACAUUGGAACAGAGAACUGUAGCACACCAAUCUCCAGGCUAACUUGGAGUCUGAAGUUGCAGUCUUGAGCAAUUUGUGUGCACAGCCUUGUGAGUGAUGCUAUGUCCAGUUACCUGCUGGACUGGUAAUCUUCCUUUCCUCUGCCCUGGGACAUGGUCAAUAAUUCCUUGAGGAAACAUGGGUAUCAAUUAAGCUUUAUUCUUAAUGUCAUAUUUACAUAUAUGAAUCAUGUUCACAUUUAAUGUUGUUAAUUUAAUUUACUUUAUUUUAAAUUUAUCUCAAGCAGCAGUGUAUCUUUUGACCUACAUUUUGAAGUUUGUUUUCCUAGGCAGAAGAUUAAAUGUGUCUUUACAAAAUAUGUGAGUUUAUAUUAUAGAUAACAGAAAGAAAUUUGUACUACAGCCUGGGAUUCAUAGCCAUUUGCAAAAUGCCUUAGAAUUACAGGAUCAGAGAAAUCAGAAUUGCCUUAAUUAAAUUAUAAUCCUACUUUAAAUACUCUUGUACAUGGAAUCUAUGCAGAGUUUUCAUGUUUUUCAGCAAUGGACAAAUUCUGCACAGCCUACAAAAAGGACUUUUUAGCUUUGUUGAUUUUUCUUGUUCUUUUAAUUUUGCUCCUGUGGAUAACAGGAUUUUGUAGGACCUCAUGCUGGAUGCAUGGAAACCUUUAAUUGCUAAUUUCCUCUGUUGUACAAUACUAGAUCAAUCAAUAUGCAACUGUUACUGAAGAAAUUAAAAACAAUGCAUUGCAAUUGCAAACUCCAGGCAUUUUAUGUUUUUUGAGGUUUUUUGUACGUCCCAGCUUAGCUAUAAUGUAAUGAACAUUUAGGUGCAGCACAGCAGUCACAUGAAGUUCAGUUUCAGAUUUGUUUGAAGCUGUUAAACACAAAAUACAAAGUUCCACUUUUUAGGUGGAACUUGCAUGACUUAAACAAUAUGCACAGUGUAAGAGGAAGAAUUUAGAAAGUUUGUUUUCAGGUCUUUUGGUUUCAGAAAUUGGCAAUAAAUACAUUACCUCAAAGAAAUGAAUACUCUGAAGUCCAAACUCUCUUGACAGAAGCUGUGUGUGAGCACUCUUUGUAAGCAAUUUCAUUAGAAUGAAUUUAAUUUGCAAUUUUACUUUGCAUAAUGGUAAAUCCAUUUCAUUUUUCCCUUACCAAAAGAUUAAUGACUGAAACCCACCAGUCUAACAAGAUAUUGAUUAAAAAGGAAGGAAUGUGUUUGCUUCUCAUGUUUGCUCCUUUGUCCUUGUCCAUUUUGUACUUCCAAAUAUUGCUACCAAAAUUAAAUCUGUUUGUGUGUGCUGCAGUCUCAUAUUUUGGGGAACUGGUGGCAUGGACAGGGGGCUUUUGAACACAUGCAGAUAUUUUUUCAAAGGUGAACACUGUUAAUUCACCAUUUUCAUAGUCUACAGGAGUAAGUCUAUGAAAAAACACAAGGAUGGAAAUGUUUCAAAAUAAGGACACAAGCCACACCUCCUCUUUUGUUUAGAAUGCUUUCUUAUUAAAGAGACACUCAGGACAAACAUAAAUGUAUUUUUCUUCAACAUUGUACUUUUGUUGCCUCAUAACCCCAUACUACCAAUAAAUUACUCUUUAUUAGUUUUUCUUGAGAUGAAAAAGGAACUUUUCAAGUGACUUCAAAAGAGGCAAAAAUUAUUUUAAAACCAAGAGUUUUCUUCUCCACUGCUACAUUGGAUAAAAAAUUGCUUAUGCUGCACUAUUUUCUACAACUUCCCUGCUUGUUUUGAAAUUUAAUUAAAAACUGGAUUUUUUAAAAGA